AUGGCCAUUGUCGACCCGGCGAUCAAGCAAUCUGCAUCUUACAUCCGUCCCAGUAGCUGGGCAGAUGGUCUCCGAGGAAUUGCCGCUCUUUUUGUGGUCGCUAGUCAUACCUGCCUCUCCUUUGCGACAUAUCUGAUCCCGCCAUCUUUUGCGGAAACAGGAAACUCUAUUUUGUUUCAGCGACCCUUUUUUCGACUAGUCAUACAGGGCCAGGCGUGGGUAGCCAUCUUCCUGGUGCUGCUCGGCUUCGUGAAUGCCCUAAAACCGCUUCAGCUAGCCCGACGAGGAGCUACAAGUGAUGCUCUCGCUACGCUGUCUACGGGCGCCUUCCGGCGCAAGUGGAGACUGGUUUUCCCCGCUGCCCUGAUGACAAUGUUAGCUUGGCUUUUAUGUCAGUUCGGUGUCUUCCAAUUGGGUAGAAGGGUAGAUGCAUACUGGCUGAGAACAACUAGCCCGCAACAAAGCCCGUCUUUGGGCGCCGCCGUCGUGGAUCUGAUACGGCAGAUGGCGGGAACUUGGAUGUAUGGCGAAAAUGCCUACGACCAACCGCAGUGGGCAUUACUGCCCCUAUUCCGUGGCUCUCUAUAUGUGUUCAUGACCCUACUGGCUUUGGUAAAUACCACGCCGCUUUUUCGCCUCUGUGCGCAAAUGGUUCUAUACGCCUAUAGCUGGAUAACACUGGAUGGUACUGUUGGUACAAAUAUUUUCGCUGGCAUGAUACUAGCGGAACUAUCGUUCUAUAAUCUGACGGCCCUCCGGCCACGCUUGAUCUUUAAUUUCCUACCCUACGGCUUCGUCGCCCUGGGCCUCUACAUCUGCUCGUACCCCGACCAAUACGCUGAUCAAACCGAGUGGUCUUCCCAACUUGCAUCACUUGCCGAAAUCAUUUUCCCAAAAGAUGCCAACGUCAGCCGAUACUACGCCAGUCUUGGGGCGCAGAUGAUAUGCUUUGGGGUACUGCUUUCUCCCUUCAUGCGACGGAUGCUCUCCCAUCCCGUGCUGUUGUGGUUGGGGUCUAUCAGCUUCCCGCUAUAUCUCGUUCACGGACCGCUAAUGCGUUCUGUUCUGGUCUACCUUCUGUAUCUUCCUAUGGCAAUUGGAUUUGAGCCAACUCUAAGAGCAGACGGAACACCGGAUCCGGAGUCUUAUAUUCCAACGCCAAGCCCACUCAGACUAGUGAUUAUUCUGCUUAUGUUUUUUGUGUUCUUGCUCUAUGUUGUUCAGCAGUGGACGAAGCAUAUAGAACCGAGAAUGGGCGCCCUUACAGCUGUGCUUGAGAGAUUCUCCCGUUCAUGGGGCAAGAAUGUGGCGUGGACUUCAAAAGAGAAGGAUGAGAUGUUGCCUAUUACGUCUGUUCGGGAGGUGAAUAUUUGA